UAAUAUUUGAUUAAUUGAAUUAUUUAAACCAUAUUUAAUUUUUACAGUAACAUAAUGAAAUACGUAACUUUUUCUAGAAGCAACUAUAUUAUUUUUAUAGUAUAUAUUAUUGUUAAAUUACAGAUUUUUAUGCAAAUUCAUAUUUUUGAAAAUAUAAUUAAAAAACAAAACUUCGAUAGAAAAGUGUUGUACCUACUAAAUAUCACUACUAUAGAAAGCAUUAUAUAUGGAUAUUUUACAUAUUUUUUCAUGCUAUGUGCGUUUCGUGUGACUUUGCACUUUCUAGUUUUCUAUAAAUGCGUAAAAAUUCGCAGUUUAAUUCUAAUAUUUGGUAGAUGAAAUAAAUUCCUGUUUAAAUUUCUAUUUCUUUAAUUCAUAAAAAUAUAAAGAUGCAUAAAAAUUCGUAGUCUAUGAUAUAUAGUGGUGUAUGAUUAUAUACAUCUUGGAAUAAUAUCAUUUUAGAAAUUCAAUUUACGAUAUACUAGAAAUUUUGGGAACUUAACAUGUUCAAAGGAAAUAAUAAAGAAAAAUAAUAUUUUUUCUUGUUGGAUUUUCUACAUCUUGCGGCAUGCAAUAGAUUGAAAAAAAAUUCAAUUUUCUUGUCGACUGAAUAUCGAUUUUCGAGAUACAAAACCUCGAAACUCAUUGAUAUUAGUGAAAAGUCGAACCACUUUUAUUCAAUUGAAAUGUAUUUAUCUCCAUUAUUUGCUUUGUUCAUAAUGAGUUUGCAACGAAUUUGUUUAUGCUAAGAGUAUUUGAAGAACAUGAAUACGUUGACCUUCGCAAUUAAAAUUAGAAUAAUAAGAGAUAUCAAUUCAUCUUUACAGAUGUACCAUAGGAAAUUCGAAAGAAUUUUAAUAACCUUAUCUGACUUCUUACGUGUAUAAAACACUCAUUGAAUUGAAAUGUUUUAUGCGGAAAGAUAAAAACGAUUAUUUAGAAGUUAGUUUUACUUAGUAUUUAACUAUUUAUUUAUUUAUUUAGUUAUUUAACAAAGUUUUUAAUAUGAUAAACUUGUCAACGAAUAUCUAUUUGCACGUGAAUCAAUGUGCAGAGAGUUAUCAAAUACUUCAGAUGUUCUCAAUUAUAUUCAACGAAUAGCACGUAUUAUUUUAUUACAUGAGACAUGUUUCAAUUUAAUCGUCAAUAUGAACAUCAUAAAACAUAAGAUAUGUAUGGUGUCUGAUUUUUUUUAUCCUAAUAUGGGUGGUGUUGAGGAACAUAUCUUUAAUUUGUCUCAAUGUUUAAUGGAGCUUGGACAUAAAGUUGUAGUGCUUACUCAUUCCUAUGGCGAUAGAAUCGGAGUGCGUUAUAUGACAAAUGGCCUAAAAAUAUAUCUUUCUAAGGGAAGAAAUCCAAAUAGUUCAUGGCCAUUCUGCAUUCUCUGCUCUUGCUCACGAAGGGAUGUUAAUUGGCCGCUUGAUGGGAUUAAAAAGAUAUCGUUAGCUGAUUGCAACCAUUGUAUAUGUGUAUCACAUACUGGGAAAGAGAAUACAGUAUUGAGGGCAAAGGUCUUAAAAGAGAAAGUUUCUGUUAUCCCAAAUGCAGUUGAUACUACUUUAUUUAUGCCUGACAUCAGUAAAAGAGAUGAUAAUUUUAUUACAAUAGUCAUAGUAUCGCGACUAGUAUAUCGCAAAGGCGUCGAUUUAUUAGCUCGUAUUAUACCCGAUCUUUGUAGUCGAUACAAGAAUGUGCAAUUUCUAAUUGCUGGAGAUGGUCCCAAAAGAUGGCUCAUAGAAGAAGUACGAGAAAGAAACUUGUUACAACAUAGGGUAACGUUGCUUGGAAGCUUAGAGCAUUCUCAAAUUAGACAUGUAUUGAAUAAGGGUCAUAUAUUCCUAAAUACAAGUCUGACAGAAGCAUAUUGCAUGGCAAUUGUUGAAGCUGCAUCAUGCGGUUUACAAGUUGUUUCAACAAAAGUCGGUGGUAUACCUGAAGUACUGCCACCUGAUUUAAUUUAUUUAGUAGAACCUACAGUACCUGCUCUUAUUAGUGGACUAGAAUCUGCUAUAGCAGAUUAUAAAGAAGGAAACACUAGAUGUCCAUUUGAAAUGCAUAGAAGGAUAAGUUUAUUUUAUAACUGGUUUAAUAUUACUAAAAGGACUGAAAUAGUUUACAAUUUAGUAAAACAAGAAAAUAAAAAGAAUUUAGGUCAACAAUUAGCAAGUUAUGUUCAAAGUGGAGUAUUAGCCUAUUUACUGGUUGUAUCAUUGUGCUACAUCAUUUUACAAAUUUUAGAAAUCCUUGUACCGCAAAAGUACAUUGAUAUUGCGAAAGAUUAUGCUGAAAUUAACGUCAUACAGCCUCGAGGAGACGAUAAAGAGGAUUAAUAUUUUAUUUCCAAGAUGUACUAUAAGGUGAUAUAAGCAUUUUGAUAGUAUGUGUUUUAUAUACCAAAUACAUUCCUAUCAGUACGAUUUAAAUAUACUUUUUCGUGCAAGAGGUUCAACUAUUCAUAAAAAUACUUCCUAACAUUCUUUUGAGAUAACAUAUUUUCAUGUUGUAUAAAUAUAUAUGUACAAAAACAGAAAUACAGUGUCCAAAGUACAAAUACAGUUGUUAAAAAAAAAUUAAACUUAUGUAAAAUUAUUUUAUUAUUUUCGUGUCAAACGUUGUUUUAAUUAUUAUAUGCUUUUACGUACAUAACUUUUUAUGAAUGAUUGAUGAAUUUGCAUAAUAUUAUAAUUUAUAAUCAUACACACGCACAUACACAGUGAUUAUUUACAUAUGAAAAAUAUAUUGCACCAAUUACUCCCUUUUUUACAUCAGCUAAAAUAAUAGGGUCAAAUUGAAAAUAUAAUAAUAUUUAUUUUAUUAUACGCUGUACGUUAGAUACAAUAAUAAUAUUAAUACAAUAUCUCAA